AUGACGCAAUUGCAGUACUUGUCCAUCUUCACCUCGCCUACCCGGCAAAACCAAAACCCAAGAGAAGCGUUGAGCAGUUUAGUAAUCAUGAAACGAACGCCAUUUGAUCUCUUGUUGGUUUUCCUCGCGAUAAUUCCACUCCACUUUGCUUCCUCCGAGACAUUGCCCUCAACGAGGCCAACCAAGUGCCAUGAGCAGGAGCGGUCUGCCUUGUUAGAAUUCAAGCAAUCUCUCUUCCAUCCAGAGGCGGAGAAUUGUCUGUUGUGGGGUUGGUCCGACCCAUCGAAGCUAGAAUCAUGGAAGCUGGAAGAUGGGGAUUGCUGUAGCUGGGAAGGCGUGGAGUGUGAUGAAGGGACGGGCUACGUGACAGGCCUCGACCUCAGCCGAAGCUGUCUCUUCGGUCCUAUCAACUCAAACACCAGCCUCUUCCGGCUCACUCACUUGCAAAGCCUCAACCUCGCCAUCAACAACUUCGAUAACUCUCAAAUACCAUCCGCCAUAGGUGAUCUUGUGGAGUUGACGAGCCUGGACCUCUCUUUCACCAGCUUCGCAGGUCAAAUCCCGUCACAAGUCCUAAAGUUGACUGACUUGUCCUUCCUCGAUCUCUCAUCGAACAGAGGACUGGAGCUGAGGAAUCCCAGCAUGGAGACCGUGGUUCAGAGCUUAACCAAAUUGGAACACCUCGAUCUUAGCUCAGUGAAUGUGUCGGCCCUGAUUCCUGAUUCUGUCGCAAAUUUAUCUUUCUUGACAUCGCUAGUACUCCCAGGCUGCGACUUGCGAGGGACAUUCCCAGCAGCCAUCUUCGAACUGCCAAGGCUGCAACUUCUUGAUUUGGGUUACAAUCCAGAGUUGUCAGGUCAUUUGCCAGAGUUCCACUUGCACAGUCCCAUCAAGUCGUUGUUUCUUGGGCGGACCAAUUGUUCAGGGAACAUUCCAUCUUCUAUAGGUAACCUGACUCAACUUACCACGUUACACUUUAGAGAUAACAAACUCUCAGGUGAAAUCCCAUCUUCCCUUGGGAAGCUCAUUCAACUGUCCUCUUUGGAUCUUAGCAUGAAUCAGCUCUCUGGUGAAAUUCCUGCUUCCUUGAUCAACCUCACCAACCUCGCUUUUUUAAACCUCCAGGACAAUCAAUUAACAGGUCAUAUUCCAGCUGAGAUCACUGGCCUCACCCGGUUGACUUAUCUCGACCUAUCCUUCAACAGAUUAAUCGGCUCAAUUCCAGAAGACAUCUCUAACCUCGAGAAUCUUACUGUCCUGAACUUGCAAUCAAACAAACUGAAUGGCACUUUGCGGCUGGAUGUGGUACUCAAACUUCAAUAUUUAACGAGAUUGCUACUCUCAUUCAAUAAGUUCUCGUCGAUUAUUGAACCUGACGUGCACGCUGGCCUUUCAAACCUGUCCAUUGUUGGCUUGGCUUCUAGCAACUUGAGUGAGUUCCCCAUCUUCCUAGCAUACCAAAGUAGGUUGCAAGGGUUGGACCUAUCCCAAAAUAGCAUUUAUGGGCCGACACCUCCAUGGUUUUUAAACGUGAGUAUGGCACAAUUGGUGUUUUUGAAUCUUUCCGGAAACUUCAUUACCAGUUUCGCAGCUUUUAGAUGGCCAAAUCUUUUGGCAUUGGACCUCAGGUACAACAAUCUACAAGGAUUACUUCCAAUUCCUCCGAAGGCCAUUCAGGGCUAUUUUGUCUCAAAUAACAAUCUAUCUGGAGAAAUUUCACCGGGAAUGUGUGAGCUAAGCUCUAUUAUGAUCCUUGAUUUGUCCAAGAACAAGUUGAUUGGUGAUAUUCCGCCAUGCCUGAGCAAUUUGAGCGAGACCCUUCAAGUCUUGAGUUUGCAUGGCAAUGGUUUACAUGGAAGAUUUCCUGAAUUGAAGGACGUAUGUGCUUUGAAUAUGAUAGAUUUGAGUGAUAACCAACUACAAGGGUCGCUGCCAAAGGGAUUAGCUAACUGUACCAAUCUGGAGUUUCUCAAUUUCGGAAAUAAUCAUAUCAUCGACACCUUUCCUUCAUGGAUGGGCUCACUUUCCAAUUUGAAGGUGCUUAUUUUGCAUUCCAAUAGAUUUCAUGGAGCCAUAGGGGAACCCAAAGCUCGUGACCAGUUUCCUAACCUACGAAUUGUUGAUCUAUCGAUGAACAACUUCUCGAGUUGCCUUCCAUCUGAAUACUUUAAUAUCUGGAGUGCCAUGAAAGUCCACUAUGCAGAUGAUGAAAACUACUAUGGGAAUUAUCUGCCCUUUUACUUCCUGUAUCUGAAUGAGGGAAAGUACGACUACUCAAUGACAAUAAUGAACAGAGGCAUUGCAACGGAGUACGAAAGGGUAUUGUCAUACCUCACCGUGAUUGAUCUUUCGAGCAACGGCUUUAUCGGGGAAAUCCCGAAUUCUGUUGGAAGUUUAGCUGAACUUCAUCUGCUCAAUCUCUCCAACAACGCUCUUACCGGCUCCAUCCCUUUGUCCCUAGCGAAUUUGACCGAGCUAGAAUCUCUUGACCUUUCAAGCAAUAAUCUCUCGGGAAUGAUCCCUCCAGCACUAACCCAACUCAAUUUCCUUGCUUUCUUCAAUGUGUCGGACAACCAUCUUUCCGGGCCCAUACCUCAGGCGAAUCAGUUCGCUACAUUCGAGAAUGACUCUUAUGGAGGGAACUUAGGACUGUGCGGAGUUCCUCUGACAAAGAAAUGCGGGAAUCCUGCUGAAGCACCCCCGGCACCACCAUCUGGUGCAUUUGCCAAAGAGGACUUGGGGACGUGGUUCGAAGGACUUGACUGGAAAAUCGUCCUGAUGGGUUUGGGAAGCGGGCUGGUCGUCGGAGUGCUUGUGGGGCUAAACACGACUUCCGGAAUUGAGCGUUGGUUCCUGAGGCUCUAUAGAGGAGAGCCACGAAGACAGAUGCACCAAGUAAGGUUUGCGUGA